UGCUUCAUCAGCACCGGGCACAACCAGCGCACUGGGAGCCUCUUCUUCGCCUCCACUUUCGCCAUCCUGGGGCUCCUCUCCCUGGUGGUGACGGUGGCCUGCAACCUGGCCACCAUCGAGGCCUUGGUGUCUCGCUGUCGGACCAAAGCGACUCCACCGCGCUCCAACAAGCAGUGGGGGCGAAUUGCCAUGGAGACACUGAUCCAGCUCUUGGGGAUCAUGUGUGUCCUCUCAGCCUGCUGGUCACCGCUGCUGGUGACGAUGCUGAAGAUGAUCUUCAGCCACACGUCGUUCGAACACUGCAAGGGAUCCUCCGGCGAAGCCCGGAGCUCAGAACUGCACAAAGAAUGCAAAUUCUUCUUGACAGCUGUGCGCUUGGCCUCGCUCAACCAGAUCCUGGAUCCCUGGGUUUACCUGCUGCUCAGAAAGAUCCUCCUCCAGAAGUUCUGUCAAGCAGCCAGCGCUGUCUCCAAGUGCUCUAACAACGAGUGGAAGGAGAGAUCCAUCACCUUGUCGGAGGAGAUCCGACGGACAACAGCGUGA